AAAACGUGGUAACAUGUUCUUUGAAUCUGGCAUGUCGUGUUCUAACCUAUGUAGAUAGUAAUUUGUGAGAGGUUGUGUCAUUGUUACACCUAAUUGCAUAGGAUUUUAUGAUUAGAUCUGUGUAUAUCUUUCAUUGAUAUAGGAGUCAUAUUUAUAAUUUACCUUAGCAGUAGCGAAAUAUUUAUAUACUGAAGAACAUGGGUAGCCCAGCUGUUAUUAACGGAGAACUCGACUUGACGAAGUUGACACCCCUCUCACCUGAAGUCAUAAGUAAACAGGCUACAAUUAAUAUCGGAACCAUUGGUCAUGUAGCGCACGGCAAAUCAACUGUGGUAAAAGCAAUCUCUGGGGUGCAGACUGUCAGAUUCAAAAAUGAACUUGAACGGAACAUUACGAUUAAGCUUGGCUACGCUAAUGCGAAGAUAUACAAAUGUGACAAUGAGAGGUGUCCACGGCCAGCAUGUUACAUAUCUGGUGGAUCGGGCAAGGACGAUAGCUUUCCCUGUCUCCGUGCGGCAUGUUCCGGACGUUUCCAGGUCGUCCGGCACGUAUCGUUUGUGGAUUGCCCGGGUCACGACAUUCUUAUGGCGACCAUGUUGAACGGUGCCGCCGUGAUGGAUGCAGCACUCCUGCUUAUAGCUGGGAACGAGUCUUGUCCGCAGCCGCAGACGUCGGAGCAUCUGGCGGCCAUCGAGAUCAUGAAGCUGAAGCACAUCCUCAUCCUGCAGAACAAAAUUGACCUCGUCAAGGAGGGACAGGCCAAGGAGCAGUAUGAGCAGAUAAUAAAGUUUGUGCAAGGCACAGUAGCCGAGGGAGCGCCGGUGAUACCCAUCUCGGCGCAGCUCAAGUACAACAUAGAGGUGCUGUGCGAGUACAUCACGACCAAGAUACCCGUCCCGAUGAGGGACUUCACGAGCCCGCCACGCCUUAUCGUCAUCCGUUCGUUUGACGUUAACAAGCCGGGCUCGGAGGUUGACGACCUGAAGGGAGGUGUCGCCGGUGGCAGUAUUCUCAGGGGUGUGCUCAAGGUGGGCAUGGAGAUCGAGGUGCGGCCCGGGCUGGUGUCCAAGGACAGCGACGGCCGCCUGACGUGUCGGCCCAUCUUCUCGCGCAUCGUUUCGCUCUACACCGAGCAGAACGAGCUGCAGUUCGCUGUGCCGGGUGGCCUCAUUGGUGUGGGCACGAAGAUCGAGCCGACGCUGUGCCGCGCGGACCGGCUGGUGGGCCAGGUGCUGGGCGCGGUGGGCGCGCUGCCGGAGAUCUUCAUCGAGCUGGAGGUGUCGUACUACCUGCUGAAGCGGCUGCUGGGCGUGCGCACCGAGGGCGACAAGAAGGGCGCCAAGGUCCAGAAGCUGACGAAGGGUGAGGUGCUGCUGGUGAACAUCGGGUCGCUGUCGACGGGCGGGCGGGUUCUGGCGACCCGUGCCGAUCUGGCCAAGAUCUCGCUGACCAACCCCGUGUGCACUGAGGUCGGCGAGAAGAUCGCCCUGAGCCGCAGGGUGGAGAAGCACUGGAGGUUGAUUGGCUGGGGACAGAUCCGCGGAGGGGAGAAGAUCGAGCCCGUCAGCCAGUAAAAAAGGACUUUCUCCGGGCCUUGCAGCCAGGCAGCUGUAAGGAAGAAAAGAGAAGGAAGAGAGAGAGAGAGAGAAGAAAGAGAGAGAAACUACUGACUGAGGUGGCCACUUUGUGAAGUUCUUUCACAGUUUCGGCUGUCCUCGGUCACUGUUGCUAUCGAUAUCGGCACUAUAUUCUAGGGAUGUUGUCUGGACUGUGGUGCUGUUUCAUUUUCUUUAUGUAUCACACGAGACUUAAAUCAAUAAAAAAUAUAGCUCAAAA